AUGGAGCUCAAAAGAGGAAAGACCUUCAUAAAAUCCAGCGUGCAACAUGAGAAAGCGCCACCAGUGCACACGGUUCCUACCAACAAAGACGACACAGGAAAAGACAAAAAGCCAGCUCUGGAGGGAACCCAGACCGUAGCUGAAGUCCAGCUGGCAUGUUUGGCCACACACAAGAACUACAGAUUUUCUACCAGAGCAGCAAGGAGUGGAGCUGGUGACCACAGCCUGGAAAAAUCAUCUGGGUCCUCCUACAAACUUGUAAGGAAAAGUAAAACCCACGACUGUGUUUCCGAGGCUGACAAAACAGAGCAUUGCAGCCCCAGCAGCAGGGCUGGCGAGGAAGGUUUUUCUGGAAAGGGUAAGGGCCGGCUUGUCAAUAGCGUCAGCUUUUCAGGGGUGUCCAGCUCCAGCAGCAAGAAGGAGUGUGUGGUGAGCCCCAGCCAGUCCGCAUGCAGCAGUCAGAUGAUUGAUUACAGGAACUUUGUGCCUCAGAUGCCUUUUGUGCCAGCCGUCGCAAAAACCAUUCCCAGGAAGAGGAUUUCCCUCAAGAGAUCUAAGAAAGGGCUCAGAGAUAUAUUUCAUAUAAGAAAAAAUAAAACUGACAGCCUCACAUUCCUGGUUGAGAAAGACAAGAAUCUGUCCUCUCCGGGCUGCAAGAGUGAGUUCUCUGGGCGUCUUGCAAAAUAUCUUUUCAAAACCGGAGACACAUUUGCAGGUGAUUGCUUGUCACAAGACUGCUCAGACAGUGAACUGCAGUCUGACUCUUCCUUUGACUGCUGCAACACCCUGUGCGAAGACGUCGCUUCCCUGAAGAGCUUUGACUCCCUCACUGGCUGCGGUGAAAUCUUUGCUGACGAGAGCUCUGCUCACCUGGAGCUGGAGAGCAGCAAGGAAGUUCUGCUGAGACGCAGCAGGCACAAAGACAGCCCUGUCGUGGGCUCCUUCCAAGGGGGUGUGGAGCAGCUGGCCUCUCCUGGCCAGAGCGAGACCGCCGAAUUUGCCAAGUUUUGGGACAACAUCAACAAAUCAGUGAGGCUGCAUCAGAGUGCUCUCUUUGACAAGAAGUUACUGAAGAUACCCAGUCCUGACGUGGAGAAGGCUAGAAGCCAGACUACAGCAUCUGUGACAGACCCCCAAGUGUCACCUGAUGAACAUGGUGACAAUUCCAAAGAGAGCUCCACAGAAACAGAAACACCAAAAAGUGACAACCAAGAAUCUAUAUCCACGAGUGAUGAAGGCUACUAUGAUUCGUUCUCUCCUGGACAAGACGAUGAAACAAAGGCAGCUCCGACUCCUGGGGUCCCAGGUAGAUUUCCAAGAGACAGCUACAGUGGAGAUGCCCUUUAUGAGCUAUUCUAUGACCCAAAUGAAGUCAAAAUAAACCCAGUCCUAGACGAUGACUUGUGCACAUCUGAAAGCAUUUCGGAACAAGCCAUUGAAAUCCCUUUGUCCAUUUACAGCUUCCGUGUUGGAGCUGAGGAGAACAUGGCUUCCCAACCAGCUCUAGACGUUAUCAGCCAGGGUUUUUUCCACAGCACAUGGAAAGGCAAAGAAUGUUUGCUAAAGCUCUGUGAUACUGAGCUUUCACUAACCAUGGGGAUAAUAAACUGGCUGCGAAAACACGCGGGACUCGUUUCCUCCCCCGACUCUCUUCAGAGUCCUCAAUCCCAUCCAGAAAAAUCUAACGAUUCAUCGAUCCUGCCCAGCCCCAGUCCAGAGCAGCAAGUGAGCACAGAAGCUCAGCAGGAGAAACCAAGCAAGGAAGAACCUAAUACAUCAAACCCACGUGUGUCUUUGGAUGAAAGCAAACAUGCAGUCCAGGCCUCUUCAGGAAACAUUGCCGAAAGAGACCACAGACUGGACUCUUGCCCUAAAACCUCUAAUUUGGACUUCCAGGGAGGGGAAGGGAAGCACCACAAGGAUUCGUCUACAGUGCCUGAGACUGUCGAAACCACCAGAGCAUCAAGUUAUGCACCACACUCACAGGCUAAUGCAGACAAUCUGAAGAUAUCUCUAACUGAGAAUGAGAAGGUGACAGUUUCAGAAGGAUGUGAGACAUCUGGAGAUAAAAACCCACUGCCAGAAAAGCUGAACAGAGAGAGUGGCUCCCAGGGCUCUGAAAACCCUUUGUUAGAUGAUAAUCAUGAUGUAGAAUCAUGUUAUUCCUACAAGACUGCUGCGACCUCGCUGCUGGAUCCCCCAGAGUGGGAGGACAGAAGGAAACCAGUGUAUCACUCUCUCUCUAUUUCCUGUGACAAACCACUGCAGCCUCUUACUCUCAGGCGCUUCCAGAGCUACAUGAGCCCCACACCAACGGAGAGCAGCACUAACAUAGUGCAGCUCUUGGAGAGCUGCGUAACACAAGUGGCAUCAUUAAAAAUCAGCUAUGAAAACAAGCACCUGGAAGACAAAUGCAUUGGGAAUGAAAUGAACAGCAUCAUUCAUAAGAUGUCUCAGUACAAAAACAAGUUAUUGUUGCAAAAUGAAUGCAACUGCAUCACCCAAAAUCCAGAAUACUCCAGUAUUCCUAGCACAAACCAAUACAACUAUGAGACAAGUUUUCAGCCCAGCAGUCUGUAUCACUUGAAACAAAAUGGAGAGCAAAUUUGCUCUGAAGAUCAGAAAAGUAGAGUAAAAAUCCUAGAUGAGGUCACUAGAAGCAAGCUACAGUUUGAAUACGCCCAGCUAAAUAAUCAAGCACUCUCCUAUUUAAAAGACUUCACACUUGAUCUCAGUCCAAGCAACUCCGCCCCUGCUGCAACUCGUAGCCGACCAACGUUUUUACCUCUCUUUAACUCUGUCUGCUCAGACAUACCUGCUAUUUUUCCACAAGCUUCAGACAGCAACACUGCUCCCCUCGCUGGCUCACCGCAGCUGAAGGAGGUCAAGCCCUGCAGCCCAGGAUGGUGGAGCAAUGCAGAGACCCUCGGCUGGGGCCUGACUGGAGGGAGCGCUCUGUCCCCUCACCCAGAGGCAGCGAGCCCGGACACAGCACUGGCAGAAAGGAACCACCAGUAA